AACCUCUUCGCUCUCGUAUUAUAUUUAUGAAUCGGAAUAGAAGAAGCGAAUCAACGAUCUCAGUCUCCCAUUCAUGGGAGACCCUAACCCUAAGAACGUGAGAGCAAUUCCGAUCUCAAUCCCACCUGGUUUUCGGUUCUAUCCUACCGAGGAACAGCUUCUCUGUUACUACCUUACUAACAAGAACAACUGUGCCGAGCGUCAUGAGUGUGAUCUCUCUUUUCCUUCUAUUUCUGAUGUCAAUUUCUCGCCUUUUGGAUUAGUUAUGGUUAAGGAAAUUGAUUUGUAUGGCUACGAUCCUUGCGACCUUCCUGAAAUUGCGUGCUUUCCUUACGGUCGCGGUGGGAGUAGGAAGCAUUGGUAUUGCUUUACGGCAAAGGUAUCUACUGAACGUUUGAGGAGGAAGGCUAGAGGUGGGUUUUGGAAGAUGAAAGGACGAGCACGGGAUAUCCUGGGUGGGAAAGAAGGACCUGUUUUGGGGAAAAGAAAUACUUUCGUGUUCUACCGCAGGAAUUCGUCGCUUACAAUGAAGACUGAUUGGGUUCUCUAUGAGUAUGCACUCGUCGACCAUCUCAAGGACUCUUUUACUCUAUGUCGAGUAUUCUUCAAAUCUCAUCCUGGAAAUAAGAUUGCAGAACAUAUCCCAAGUUCUUGCAUUGACAAAAGUAUUGCUGCAAUGCAUAACACUGAUGUGGAUGCACAUAAUAAACAACACGAUAGAGCCUCAGGAUCUGGCAUUGGUGAAGUUUUAGUGGCUGGCAUUGGUGAAGUUUUAGUGCAUGCAGAGACAUCUUUUGGCACUGACAAUGACAUCCAGGGGUUACCAAUGAAAUCAACCAGUGAGCCAUGUGAUUCAAUUCUUGCACAACAAGCUUCUGAUGAUGGAUUUCGGUUCCCCAUGACUAUUCCACAACUAGAUCAGCUGGUGGAAUCCUCCAAUGGAAUUGUCAGUGGCAGCAGCCGCAGCACCAUAUGUGUUGGUAUCAUGACUGAUCAGCUAAUAUCCAAUUCGGUAAUCCUGGAGGGAGAUUUCAUAGAGUUGAAUGACCUGAUCUCUCCUCUUCCAGACGUUGAUUCGUAGGAUAAAAAUAAAAGCAACUGCUUUUUAAGAGAUUCGUGCCACUCUAUUUUGCUACGUGGACCAAGUUACCACUCAGAAUCCCUUCUUGAAUUGUGGUUUCAGGAAGGCAAUAUCAUUUAAUGAAGCAAGAAAAAAUGAAAAUUAUGAAGAAACAAACAGCAAGUUCAUGUGGGCUUUGCAGUUCUACUUUUCUACUCAGUCCAAGUUACUGUCAAAAAUUCUAUUCUUGAAGUGGUUUCAGGAAGGAAAUAUCAUUUUGUGAAGCAAGA